GGGGCGGCGACCGGCACCGGCGGAAAGUUACGGCCGGGACCGGGCCGAGCUGCGCCCCGAGCGGCUCCAGGCAAAUCAGGAGCGGGGACGGGGGUGAGGUCUGCCCGUCUGCCCGUCCGUCCGUCUGCCCGUCCAUCCAUCUGCCCAUCUGUCCGCCUGCCCGUCCGUCCGCCUGCCCGUCCGUCCGUCUCCUCGCAGGGGGGUCAGCGCCGUCCGCAGGCGGGAGCAUGGCGGAGAAAUCGGACUCGCGGGACUCGGACAGCAGCUGGGUGCUGGCGGGCACCGAGGGACUGCCCGUGGACACGGUGGGCCCGGAGCAGGACGCGGCCUCCCGCGAGGCCGAGGAUGAAGAGGCGGAGGAGGAGGAGAGCGCCCAGGACGCGGCCACGGCUGGUGACGGUGGCAGCGGAGCCUUCCCGGGCCAAACGCCGUGCCCUGAGGUUGGGGACUCGGAGGAGCGGCCGGAGCCCGGUGCCGAGGCGGUGCCCACCGCGGCCGGCCCCACGGAGCCCGGCGCAACGCAGAGCUGGGAGCACGAGGAGCCCGACGCGGCGGCGGAGCGGGGCCCCAGCCCGGACACCCCCAGAGCAGGGCCACGAGCGGAGGAGGGGAGCUGCACCAGCAGCGACGACGACGCCGACGGACUGCGGAAGCGGCAGGUCCCCGAGCCCCAUGCCAGGCCCCCCCCUCUGGGGCCUGCCCCGCGCCGGGGGACACAGGACGGCGGCGACGAGGACGGGCUCAGCACCAGCAAGUACCUGCUGGGCGCGCUGGCACUGGCGGCCGUGGCGCUGCUGCUCAUCUCCGGGGGCUUCUACGACCCGACAGACGGCCCCGUGGACGCCGUGGUGAGCCGCGACCUGGCCGACACGGAGCAGGAGGCGCCGGUGCCUGCGGACGGGAGCGAUUUGGUGCGGCAGCCCCCGCCGCCGGCUGCCGCGGACCCCCAGAGCGUGCAGUCCGUCAGCCUCCUCCUGGACAAGCUGGCCAAGGAGAACCAGGACAUCCGGCUCAUGCAGGCUGAGCUGCAGGCCCACAAGGAAGAGCUGCAGGCCCUGCUGCAGAAGAGCGAGGGGGCGGCGGCGGCGGCCGGGGCGCAGCAGCAGAGCCUGGCUGCAGAGAACGAGCAGCUCCGUGCGGCGCUGCAGCGGGAAACCGAGGCGCUCCGAGCCGCCCGGGCCGAGCUGCGGCGCCUGCAGGCUGCGGGGGUCCCGGGCAGCCCCCAGCCCCACGAAGCCGAGCCCGGGGAGCCGGCAGCGGAGCAGCCCCACGGCCCGGGGGCCGCAGCCCGCAGGGAGGACGCGGCAAGGCGGGAGGGGGCCGGGCACCGCGGCUUGCUGGCGUGGGUGCGGCAGGAGCUGGCAGCCGCCCUGGAGCGAGCGCGGGGCUCGGGGGGGCUCGAGCGGCUCCCGGAGCAGCUGAGCGCCCUGGAGGAGCGCCUGGGCCGCGAGCUGGAGGCGGAGGGGGCCCGGCCCUUCCCCGGGCCCUGGAAGAAGCCGUUCAAAGCAGACAAGAAGGAGAGCCGGCGGCGCAAGCGGCACGACGCCGGAGAGGGUCCCCACGAGCGGGGGGGCUGGGAGAGGAAGGAGCAGGGCAAACCCCACGGGCACGGGAAGGAGCCCCGGCCCCCGCGGGAGCACAAGGCGGGCAAAGCCAGGGGGAAGUCGUCCCACGGCCCCCCCCAGCACGGCCCCGGCGAGCUGCCCCCGCUGAGCCAUUACCGGGCGCCCCAGGGCUGCGCCGGGGUGGCCGACUGCGCCCGCAAGGAGGGCCGGGAGGUGCUGGGCGCCGCGCUGGAGCCCGUGCAGAAGAUGCAGUUCCUGCGG